GGUACCAGCUGUCUGGGCAGUGCUUGAGCUGCAGAAACUGGGACCAGCCCUGGAAAGACCACUGACCUGACCCACCCCAGUGGCCUUCUCUGUAUUAGCAGCUUCUGCUGCUGCGUCAGACACUUUCAGCUGCAACUCCCUGCAAGGUGGGGCACCCACCUCAGGCAGAAGGUUUUGGUGCACCCCACUGACCCUACUCCCCAGAGCUGCGGCUGCCUGUGGCCUCAGGAUGAAAGGGGAGACCCCUGUGAACAGCACUAUGAGUAUUGGGCAAGCUCGCAAGAUGGUGGAACAGCUUAAGAUUGAGGCCAGCUUGUGCCGGAUAAAGGUGUCCAAGGCAGCAGCAGAUCUGAUGUCUUACUGUGAUGCCCAUGCCUGUGAGGAUCCCCUCAUCACCCCCGUGCCCACUUCGGAGAACCCCUUUCGGGAGAAAAAAUUCUUCUGUGCCCUCCUCUGA